GUAUCCCUUACUACUGCAACUCUCACUUCAAAAACUUGGAAAAAAAGUUUUUGGUUGAUUAUUUCCGGUGAGUUGUAGCCGGGAAGUCUCACCGGCGAUCUCUCCGGAAAAAAGGUGUUUUGGAGAUUGAAAGAAGCUUGGUUUUUGAUUGAUCGGAGAAGAGUCUGAUUGCAAGUAAGCAACUUAGUUGCUCAUGUGUUGAGUCUUCGGCGAGAAAUGGCUUUCCAGCAAAAAAGUUUACAGAUGCGGAGAGAUGGUGCUUGCCUAACUAAUGGAGAGAUGGGUUAUGAUGAUUCUUCAAAAUCUGAAGCAAAGCGGGGUCAUCAAUGGUUUAUGGAUGCUGCUGCACCAGAGUUGUUCAGCAACAAGAAGCAAGCUAUGGAAUCCUUAAACAGCUGUCCGGUUUCAAGAAUUGCAGACGCCAGUGUUUCUCCUUGGUCCAACGCUUCCUGUUUCCAGUCAGCUUCUGGCCCAUUUGGUGACCAUCUAUUUGGAUCUGAGCCCAUUCGAACAGCCAACAUGGUUGAUAGGAACAUUUCUUCUACUGAUACUGGGAAUAUGAGUAUGGGAAGAAAGGAUUUUGAGGAUCAGUACAGUAUUAGUUCAUCUUCUGGUUUGUCUAUGUCCCAUACCACUGAAGAUGCCUCUUCAUUUCUCAGUUUUGGUGGAAUAAGGAAAGUUAAGGUCAAUCAAGUUAGGGAUUCCAACAGUGGCAUGCCGGUGUUAAUGGGACACCCUUAUAGAGGAGUUAAUAGCACAUUUUCAGUGUCUAAUGUUUUCAGUAAAAAUGAUAAUGCUAUAUCUUUGGGCCCAACUUAUGGUAGUGAGGAUGAAAAUACCAUCUCAAUGGGCCCUACAUUUAGUAACGCAGAUGGCAAUUUUAUUUCAAUUGGUCACACCUUUAUCAAGAGAGCUGGUGACUUCAUACCUGUGGGCCACAAUUACAAGGGCAAUGAGAGUACUUUAUCUAUGGGUCAGCCUUUUGACAAGGAAGAUGGCAAUUUUAUUCCGAUUGGUCAGUCAUAUGAGAAGGGAGAUGCCAACUUAAUUUCAUUGAGCCCAUUUUAUGGUAAGGGGCAGGAAAAUUUCAUUUCAAUGGCCUCUGAAUAUAGUAAACCAAAUGAGAGUGUGGUUUCGAUGGCAUCCUCUUUUGAUAAGGAAGGCGAUAAUAUCAUACCAAUGGGUCCAUCUUAUCAUAAGGCGGACUGUAACAUCACAGCAGUGGCUCCUAAACAAGACAAAGGAGGGUCUAAUAUUCUAUCUAUGCAUCAAAACUACAACAGGUGCGAAAGAAAUACAAUAUCUUUUGGGGGUUUCCAUGAUGAACCGGAGGCUAACCUCUCUGGUAGUAUUAUUAGUUGCUAUGACUUAUUGAUGAAUAAUCAGAAUUCAGCACAAGCUUCAGAAGCUCCUUGCCAGCAAGUGUUGGUCAAGUCGAAUAGUACUGAUUCAAAUGUAAAUAGUGCAUCAAAAAGUAGUUUUACAAUUGAUACCAACCUGAAGCAUAAAGAAACUGUGACAUCGAAAAAGGUUUCUCCCAACAAUUUCCCUUCCAAUGUCAAGAGUUUGUUAUCAACUGGUAUGCUUGAUGGGGUGGUUGUGAAGUAUGUUUCUUGGUCACGGGAGAAAAACCUUAAAGGAUAUAUACAAGGGACCGGGUAUAUGUGCGGUUGCAACGACUGCAAGUUUGAAAAAGCUCUGAAUGCGUAUGAGUUUGAGCGCCAUGCUAGUUGCAAGACCAAACACCCCAAUAAUCACAUUUACUUUGAGAAUGGAAAGACCAUCUAUGCAGUUGUUCAAGAGCUCAAGAACACUCCUCAAGAGUUGCUUUUUGAUGCAAUUCAAACCGUGACAGGUUCUCAAAUCAACCAGAAGAAUUUUCGCAUCUGGAAAGCAUCAUACCAAGCUGCCACCCGUGAGCUUCAGCGUAUCUAUGGAAAGGAUGAUGCUGUUGUGUCAUCUUUGAGAUGAAGACUCAGCCUUUCAAAUCUUGUGAGGUGGGUCAGAUCUGUGCCCAGCAGCUUGUAUCUUUGUACUAAACUAUAUACUUGUUUUGGGAUUUCAAUAAUUUAUGCAGAUAAAUGCUAUAUGUAUCUUGACUUUCCAAAAAUUUCUAAAUGAGAUUUG